GUUUUCGCUGUCGACAAUCUCACUUGAGUCCCGAUUAAUUCAGUAAAACCCGGUGCAAAACCCUAACCAUUACCCUCUCUGCUACUUCCAUGGUCGAACUGUGAAGUGUUGUGUAUACCGACAAUCUCACUUGUGUAUACCAUCAACGUCUCAGAAAGCCGACUAUAAAGCCCAUGGCUUCCUUUUCUCGCCUGCGAAUCAAUUCUCUUCUCCAUCGGCGUCAUUUCUCAUCGAUCCUAAGUCCAGACUCCACAACUCCCCUUACUAGCAAGCAAAAAUCUCGAGCCGCUAUCGCCCUUCUCAAGUCUGAGAAAAACCCAGAACGCAUCAUCGACAUAUGCCGCGCUGCUUCACUCACCCCCGAACUCCAUCUCGACCGCAUCGCAUUCUCUAUUGCGAUCUCCAAACUCACCGAGUCGAACUCCUUCGAGGGCAUCCGGUCAUUCCUUGAGGAGCUAAAGACCCGCUCGGACCUAAAAAAUGAGCGCUUUCUAUCCCAUGCCAUUGUUCUUUAUGGUCAAGCUGGAAUGCUCGAUCACGCCAUCCGCACCUUCAAGCAAAUGGACGAAAUGGGUAUUCCUCGAUCAACCAAAUCUCUCAACGCCCUCCUCUUUGCUUGCAUUGUCGCUAAAAAGCACGAUGAAGUAAGUCGAAUUUUCCUUGAAUUCCCCAGAGCCUAUGGAAUUACUCCUGACAUUGAUACUUACAAUACUGUUAUUAAAUCAUUUUGUGAGUCGGGUUCAUCUAGUUCAGUUUAUUCUAUUUUAGCUGAGAUGAGUCGGAAGGGUUGUAAACCCAAUGCAACUUCUUUUGGGACGUUGCUUGCGGGAUUUUAUAAAGAAGAGAAGUACGAAGAUGUUGCCGAGGUGUUAGAAUUGAUGAAAAAGCACGAUGUUCAUCAGGGUGUCAGUACUUAUAACAUUAGAAUCCAAAGUCUGUGUAAAAUGAAGAAAUCACCCGAGGCUAAGGCAUUAUUUGAUGGAAUGUUAGCAAGGGGUAUGAAGCCAAAUACGAAUACUUAUUUCCAUCUAAUUUAUGGAUUCUGUAAUGAAGGGGACUUGGAGGAAGCCAAGAGACUUUUUAAGGAUAUGAGUAGGAAGGGGUGUGUCCCACAGAGUGAUUGCUACUUUACUCUGAUUUAUUACCUUUGCCAAGGAGGGGAUUUUGACACUGCACUCCAGCUCUGCAAGGAUAGUUUGGCCAAGAAUUGGGUUCCUAACUUCACGACCAUGAAAACACUUGUGAAUGGGCUUGCAAGCAGUUCCAAAGUUGAAGAGGCACGGGAGCUUGUUGGACAGAUGAAAGAGAGGUUCGGCAAAAAUGCUAAUAUGUGGGAGGAAAUUGAAGAAGGGUUACCACAGUAAAAGUAAUGCCGUGAAAUAAGAGAAUUGCAGCAGAUCUUACGGAGAUAAUCCACUGGUAGAGAGAAACAAGUAUUGAUGGGAUCUGCUUAAAUGUCAAACAGGAAGGAGUUCACCUUUGCAGAUUGUCAAAUAUUUACGAGAACUUUUUUCUAGUCCAGAAUAACGUAGUUUGAAGAUUUGGAGCCUUAGAAUAGUUCAUUUUGGUUUGAUGACAAUCCUCUGCUAGCCUGAACCCUGAACAUCUUCUCGAGGCAUUGCUGAUUGCAUUUCAAUUCAAGACCGGAGUUUCCAUUACCAAUCAAGACUACGAGAUGCCUUGAAAUGCAACGCCAACAGUUUGAGAUGUUGACUCUGGAUGAUGAAUGUAUGAUUUUCUCAUGCAAAAUUAAUGGGGUUUCUGCUAUCUUUAAUUUUCUUUAAGGGAAAUUGUCUAAAACUCACCAUGACUUUUCAACAUUCCUCUUAAACUCACAACUUUUCAAAACGUCCAAAGAACCCCGUGUCAGUAUUUUGACGUUAAAUAGACCAAUGGAUGUUGGGAGAUUACUAUUUUACCCUUUA